CCACAGGCUAAACCCUGAUAAAGUUUCAAUCUUUGUUAUCUUUUUUACAAGAUGACACUUACCCACUUCAAUUUAUCCAUAUUUGAACCAACUUUACAAAUGUUUGCACAUUCUUUGAAUCAAUGAGAAGCUUUUUACAGCAAUGCUGCUACUUUACAGCAUGUAUACUGUCACUGGCUGUAUUGCAGUCGCCGGCGGCUAUAACUCCGGUGGCCGGAGCUGCCUCAGAGAAAGAGAUCUUGCUUCAAUUCAAAGGUAACAUUACAAGUGAUCCCUAUAAUAGUUUAAGUUCAUGGGAUGUUAGUAAAGAUGAAUGUAGAGAUUAUAGUGGUGUGUUUUGUGAUACUUUUGGGGAUGUGUAUAAGAUUGUGUUAUGGAAUACUAGUUUAGGUGGUGUAUUGUCUCCUGCAUUGUCAAAGUUGAAAUCUUUAAGGAUACUUACAUUAUUUGGAAAUAGAUUCAUUGGAAAUAUACCACUUGAGUUUCAAGAACUUACUACUUUAUGGAAGAUCAAUGUUAGCUCGAAUGCGUUAUCUGGUUCAAUUCCUGAGUUUUUAGGGGAUUUGCCGAGCAUUCGGUUUCUUGAUUUGUCAAAAAAUGAGUUUGAAGGAGAGAUUCCAUUGUCUUUGUUUAAGUUUUGUGAGAAAAUUAAGUUCAUUUCAUUAUCACAUAACAAUCUUUCGGGUUCAAUUCCUGUAAUUAUCAAUAAUUGCUUGAAUCUUGAAGGAUUUGAUGUGUCUUUUAACGGUUUGAGUGGCGAAUUUCCUUCACAAGUUUGUGAUAUACCGAGUCUUGUUUACUUGUCUUUAAGAAAUAAUGUGUUGACCGGGAGUGUUGAAGAACAAGUCAAGGGUUGUCAAAGGUUGGAACUUUUGGAUCUUGGAAGCAAUCUUUUCACCGGGAUACCCCCUUUUGGCGUUCUUCAGUUAGCAAACUUGAGCUAUUUCAAUAUUUCAUACAACGAGUUUGAAGGACAGAUUCAAGGCCUAGAAUCUUGUAGUGACAAGUUAGAAGUUUUUGAUGUUGCGGGCAAUGGUUUUCAAGGGGAGAUCCCUAUGAGCAUUGUGUCACAAUGCAGCAGCUUGAAAGUUUUAAACAUGGGGUAUAACAAACUAAUUGGUGAAAUCCCGGCUGAGAUUUCGAGUUUAAAAAGACUAACAGUGAUUAAUUUGGGAAACAACUCUAUAACGGGUGAAAUCCCAGUGGAAUUUGGGGACAUUGAGCUUCUCCAAGUUCUUGAUCUGCAUAAUCUUGGUCUUCAUGGUGAAAUCCCGGAGACUUUAAGCAAUUGCAGGUUUCUUCUAGAGCUGGAUGUUUCAGGAAAUUCUUUAGAGGGACAGAUCCCCGACACAUUUUACAACAUGUCUUACCUACGUAUCCUUGAUCUUCACGAUAACAACCUUGACGGAAACAUACCAUCAACUCUAGGAAACCUCUCUAAAAUCCAAACAUUAGAUCUAUCUGAAAAUAUGUUAUCCGGGUCCAUCCCCUUUUCUUUAUCAAAUUUACAAAACUUGAAUCAUUUCAACGUCUCCUACAACGACCUCUCAGGUCAAAUUCCUUCAUUUUCUAUCCAAAAUUUCAAUUCUUCCGCGUUUUCAAACAAUCCAAGACUGUGUGGGGCCCCUUUGAAUCGAUCUUGUUCAGAUUCAACAGAUUCUGAAUCAAGAAAGCCGAAGUUAAGCGUUUCCACCAUUGUUGCCAUUGUCGCUGCUUCGUUGAUCUUGAUCGGAGUUUGUUUAAUAACCAUUAUGAAUAUGAAAGCUCGAAGAAGAAGAAAGAGCAGAGAAGAUGAGACGAUGAUCAUUGAAAGCACACCUUUAGCUUCAUCAGAUUCUAAUGUCAUUAUUGGAAAAUUGGUUCUUUUUAGCAAAACUUUGCCAUCAAAGUAUGAAGAUUGGGAGGCCGGGACUAAAGCUUUACUCAAUAAGGAUUCUUUAAUUGGUACGGGAUCGAUUGGAAGUGUAUAUAGAGCUGAUUUUGAAGGUGGGAUUUCAAUCGCGGUGAAAAAGAUCAAAACUUUAGGAAGAAUCAAGAAUCAAGAGGAAUUCGAGCAAGAAAUUGGACGAUUAGGUUCUCUUCGACAUCGCAAUCUUGUUGCUUUUCAAGGGUAUUAUUGGUCAUCCAGUAUGCAAUUGAUCUUGUCUGAUUUUGCCUCGAAUGGAAACUUAUACGACAAUCUACAUGGCGCCAGCUAUCCUGGGACUAGUUUUAGUGUCGGAAACCGUGAGUUAAACUGGCCACGGAGGUUUAAGAUUGCUCUUGGGACCGCAAGGGCAUUAUCAUACAUUCACCAUGACUGUAAACCUCAGAUUCUUCAUCUCAAUUUAAAAUCAAAUAACAUCUUAUUGGAUGAGAGUUAUGAAGCAAAACUUUCGGAUUAUGGGUUAGUCAAGCUGCUCCCUUUGCUUGAUAAUUAUGGUCUGACCAGAUUUCACAAUGCAGUUGGAUAUGUUGCUCCUGAAUUGGCACAGAGUAUGAGAUUGAGUGACAAAUGUGAUGUGUAUAGUUUUGGCGUGAUCUUGUUGGAGGUGGUUACAGGGCGAAAGCCAGUAGAGAGCCUUGGCGGUCAUGAGGUAGUUGUUUUGUGUGAAUAUGUCCGGGGUUUGAUCGAGAGGGGAAAAGCUUCAGAUUGUUUUGAUAGAAGUUUGAACGGCUUUGUGGAGAAUGAAUUGAUCCAGGUAAUGAAACUGGGAUUGAUUUGCACUUCUGAGUCGCCUUUGAGAAGACCGAGCAUGGCUGAGGUCGUUCAGGUUCUCGAGUCUGUACGGUCAGGGUCAGGGUCAGGGUCGGGAUCUGGAUCAGGAUCAGCAUCAUAGCCUAUGGAUUGGUAUGCAUUAAAUCAUACAUAAAUGCUAUGAGAAAUGACUGACAAUAGUUCAUUUAGAAGAACCAUUCUUUUGUAUUCCUUUUGUGAUUAACAUUAUUAAUUGUUUACUGUAAGUUUCUUGCAAUAAAUUAAUUCAUUUUUGAUUA